AUGAAGGGUGCCAAGAAUGAGUCUUGGUCAUGUGAAGAGAUGGAAGAGGUUGAAGACAUUGAGGCAAUGAUCGAAAGGAUGAACUUCGAGACUCCAGAAGAAGAUUCGGGAAGCACCGAAAUGACUUCGAAGAAGCCAUCGGAGACAGAACCCGCGGAGCUCCCAUCGAAGAAGCCAUCCCUUCUUUCAAUUCCCCUAGAAACAAUCGGGCACAGGCUGUCGCAGCGGCAGGAGACGGUGAACAGCAGCCAGCACAAAUGGUGGACCUACAAAUUUGCUCACGUUGUGGCUUGGGUGGUCCAGAUCCUCUUUACCCUCGCAUCCGUGGUGUUGCUGGCACUGUGGAUCCGGCAUGUGCAUCCCGAAGCCUAUGUGGUCACCUUCUUCGUGAUGGUGAUCGCUGCUUUGGCCUACUUGGCAAAGGUCACUGGCAUGGGUGAUGUUACAAUCGGUGGCAGAAAGGUCCCAGUGAUCAGAUACAUCGAUUGGAUCACCACUACACCGUUGAUGCUCUUCGAGUUGUGCAUGAUUGGCGGGGCCGAAAAGCACACCUUCUUCAUGGUCAUCGGCUGCGAUCUCAUGAUGUUGACGGGAGGAAUUGUGGCUGCAAUGAUUGUGCCCAAAGCGAAAGUGGGCUUGAAAUACCUCUGGUUCUUCUCAUCCGUGUUCUUCUUCGCCCUCAUGAUUGCAGCUUUGCAGGUCGAUGUCGCCAACGGCACCGUGAAGAAUAGGCCGGCCGACGUUCAGUUGCUCUUUUCCCGCUUGGAAUGGCUGACCAUCAUCUCAUGGUCGGGCUAUCCGGUCGUGGUGCUCUUGGGACGGGCUCAUGCAGGGCUGAUCUCCAAAGGAAUGGAAGAUGCCCUGCUCUGCAUUUUGGACUGCAUCUCCAAAAUCGGCAUGGAAGGCUUCGUCGUGGCAACCUGUUCGGCUGAAGGUGCUCAGUGCCACGUCAAGGACAAAGCUUACUGA